AUGAAUCCAUACAUUGAAAUAGCUUAAUUGUUUUUGCCUUAAAAAUUUAACAAUUUCAUUUCAAUCACAAAGUCAGCAUAUGAAAUUUUCAAUAUUGCUUCAUCUAAAUUUAAACCUGAAUUUGCAUCAGUUAAGAAUGCUUAAAAUUAUUAAACAGAGGAUCCAACAUUAUACUCUUAAUUGUUUCAAGGAUCAUUCAAUUUAGAAACAAGAAAAAGAAAAUCAAUAUCAUUAAAUAAUACAUGCUUAAAGGAUAUUUAAGAUUUCCUAUCUAAAUAUUAAUUCACAUAAUAAAUAGAUAUAGUAAAAAUUUGUAAAGAAUUUUAUUCUGAAAAACAUGGAUGCUGCAUCAUAAAUUUAAAAAGUAUUGAGCAAAAAUUGUCUAAUUUUAUUUAAAUAAAUGAAAUAAAAAUAUUCAAUGAUGAAUAACUAAAUUAAGCAAUUGAUGAACUCUCCUUAUUAUUUAUAGAAUUUAUUAAGGGAUAAUUUCAUUAGGAAUCAAUUAUUGAAGAGUUUUGUACAAAUUUUUAAGACAUUUCCACAGCAGUAUAUGAAUAAAUAAUAAAAGCAGCAAAAGGAAAAAAUAAAGAAAUUUAUAAAAAGUUGAUAAAAUAAAUCAAACAAUUUUAUUAAAAGGAAUUGAACAAUUAAAUUUUGGAGGAGACUUGUACUAUAAUUAAAGAAAAUUAAAUUCCCUUAUUUUAAGUUAAGAAUUUAAUUCAAAACUUUUUUGUUUAAAAUAAUAAAUAUUUACAUGAUGAAUUACAAAAUUUUUACAAUUAUUAACUAUCAAAUGUUAUUAUUUAAAGGUAUGCAUAAAAAAUACUAGAAAAUUAAUUAUUCAAAGUUAAGUCUUCUUUAUAAGUGUUUAUGAAGCAUCAAAAAGUUAGUGAAGAAUUAUAAUUGAAAAGUUUACAGCUUUUCAAUCAAUAUUUUUAGAAAAAAGAAUUGCUCUUAAUAAAAAAUAAAGAUUUUGCAUCCUAAUUGUUUUAUUUACUAUUAUAAAUGAAUUUGGAAUCAAGUGAAAUGUUAAACAUUUUAGAUAUAUUAUCUUAAUAUACUGAAAUAACGAAAAUUGAUUUUUCAGAUGAUAUCUAAUAAACUCUUAUUAGCUUAAGAGUAGUCUAUAGUAAAGAAAUUGAAUCGGCUAAUCUAUUUUGGAAAAACACAAUUACUGAAUAAUAAAAUUUAGAAUUAUAACUUGAUUUAUUUUUACUCUUAAAUGGUACUCAUUUUGUAAAUGAUCAAUUAUAUUUUUCUUAAUAUUGUUCAGUAAAAAGAAAUAUUUUAAUGAAGAUUAUUAAUUUAAUGAAAGAUGGAUAUUAUAAGUAUUUUAAUUGUAAUUUAAUUAAAAAGUUUGAGAAUAUAGUAGGAGAUAUAAGAAAUUAAAUAAUGAAAUAAUUAGAAAAAUAGAAAUCAGUUUAAAAUAUAUAUGUAAGAAUUCAAGAUGAAUAAUUUGGGAUUUAGUUAUAUGAUAAAAAGGAUCAAUCUUAAUAAUUUAGUUAAGAAUAGUUUUAUUAAAGAAAUGCGAUAUAUUAUAUGAUAAGUGAUUUCUAAAUUUAGAAUCAAAAAAACUAAUUACAGUAUUAUAUGAAAGAGAUAUAAAGAGAUUAUCUAAAAAAUAUUGAAAUUCCAGAGAGGAUGUAGUUUGAAAGAUGUUCACCAGAAUUGGAGCAAUCUUCUGUAAUAACUUUAUUCAUUUCAGGAUUUACAGAUAUAGACGUUUAGAAUAAUAUAUUAGAAGGAUUAAAAGAUUAUAAUUUAAUAGAAUUGAAGUGGAGUAAUCCUAAAGAAGAGAAUAGUAUAAAAGAAAAAUUAAAAGAAGCCAUCAAAUAAAUUAUAUUAAAGUCUCCUUUGGAAGCAGUUACAAAUGGAUUAAAAGCAUUUACAAGUGCACCAUUUGAACUAUGUUGUUAAGAAGCUAAACGAGUUGGAAGAUACUUGGCACAUUUAGUAAUUGAAAAAAAGAUUUUUGGAGAUUGUUAGUUAAACAUUAUAGCUCAUUCGGUAGGUUCAAUUGUAAUAUAUGAAAUGAUGAAGGAAUUAGAUAGUAUUUCUAAUAAUAACUAAAUAAUAAAUGAAAUAUUAAUUUUAGGUGGUAUAGUAGAUACUAGAAAAGUUUAAAAAAGACGAUGGAAUUGUGUUGAAGGUAGGAUUUGCAAUGUUUAUAGUAAAAAUGAUAUGGUGAUAAAGUUGAUUUAUAAUGCAUUUAGAUUAUUAGAUUAGUUUUGUGGUAAUUAAAUAAUGUUAUAAAAUGGUAGGAUUAAAUGAGGUGAAGUAAGGAUACAAAAGAAUAGAGAAUUAUAAUAUGAGUAAUUUAAUUAAAGGACAUAAUGAUUAUGGAGUUUAUAUAUAGAAGAUAUUGAUUCAAACAGACUUUCUUUAAUAUUUAAGAUUUUUGUAUGAUUGA